UCUCCCACCCCGACUGGGAGCCCUCCAGUACUCGGAAUUCCGGUGCCUCUGUUCUUGUCGCACGGAUGAGAUUUGUUUGCUUGGAUUUUUCCCUGUUAAUUAGUCGAUCGUGAUACUGGUGUGUGUGUUUGCUGGACCGAGCAGAUGCGUGGCUUGUGUGCUGGACUAGCAGAAAUGGAUUUCUUCUGCUGUUUCUAUCCACUGGAUGGAGUUUCUGGUUUUCUGCAAAGGUGAAUACUGCCAGGCCCAACACAAAUAAAGUGUGUGCUUAAUAGAAGUUCAUUUUCAUCCUUUACUUAUCAUCUGAAUUGCGUGCAUCUUUGUAAAAUUUAAAUAUUUUUCUUGGAAACUGUGUGGUGAAUCCGGAAUGACGAUGAAGCAGAAACUUAUGCGCCCCGGACCAUCUGAAAUUGUCUUCAAGAACAUGAGAUUCCUCAUUAUGGACAGGCCAACGGAUGCCACCAUCAAUACAUUUAUAGAGGAGUUGAAGAAAAAGAAUGUCACUGAAGUUGUGAGAGUUUGUGAACCCACCUAUAAAACAGAUGUUUUGGAAAAACAUGGCAUUAAAGUCUUGGAUUGGCAGUUUGAUGAUGGCUCUCCACCUCCAAACAAAAUAGUUCAUGAUUGGUUUGAUCUGCUGCGUAAAAGGUUCAAAGAAGAAAAUGACUGUUAUGUAGCUGUGCAUUGUGUGGCUGGACUUGGCAGAGCUCCAGUAUUAGUAGCUAUUGCUCUUAUGGAAUUGGGGAUGAAAUACGAAGAUGCUGUGGAAUUGAUUCGACAGAAACGUCGCGGUGCCAUUAAUGCCAAGCAACUUGCUUACCUCCAGAAGUACCGUCCCAAGUCCCGCCUGAAGACCCAGAAUGGCUUGAAGCAGUGCUGCAUCCAGUAGAAGCCCCCUUUCUUCUGCUUUCGUCAUUUGGAUGCCCACAGUGAAUGUGGAUGGUUGUGGAGUAUUGCUAUGGUGUGAAGGAGAACUUAUUCUUUCUGUAUUUUAGAGCAGUGUAUUUAUUUAAAUGGGCAGUGUUAAUUUUACUCUUGAGUAAGAAUAAAUUGUAUUCAUAAAACAUACGUACAGUAUUCCUCUUCUUAAAAUUUGCAGGGAUCAAAUUUUUCUUGGUCUGAAUCCACAAUCAUCCACUAGUCUUUCAUAUCCAAGUAUGGCAUUUUAAAUCAAAAUUUAAGAAAAAAAAUGUAUAUUUUGUUUUGCUUUCGUGGUUGGGUUUUAUUAGGGUUUUCAGAUUAUUUGAGUGAAAUGCAUAAUACCUGUUUACAGUGCAACAGUUUCUGUUGACUUCAACAAGUGUCUGUUUAGUACAAAUUUAAUUGAACAGCUCUGAAAGUAUGCAAAUUUUUCAUAAGAAAUCUCUUUGAAUUGUGCACAAAGGUAUUUAGAGAGUGAAAAUAAGUUUUCUCAUCUGCUACUUAUUCUUUUUAUUUAUUGAGAUUAAUUUUUUUUAAAUGAUCUGUGAAUUUUUGACAUUAAAAUAAUGGAAAUUAUUUACAUCUUGUAAGAUUUUUUAAAAAAUCGGUACUUAGAAAUCAACAGAAUUUUAUGAUGUAUAAAUUCUGUUACUUGCAAAAAUUGAAUGCAACUUUCUUUGCCCGUUGAUCAGAUUUGUUCUAAAUGCAGUUAAUAUCUGGACUGCAACUGUCCUUGGAUAUCAAAAGAAAGUGUCAUCUGUUUGUAUUCUGCUGCACAAUAAUACUUAGCGUUGUUUGUCUGUAGAUAACCAAAGCACAGGCAACCCCUGUUAUUUAUGGAAUAGAGAAAUACUAUAUGUAUAUCUGUUUGAAGAGAAUCUAGUGUAAGAUAUAUUUUGUAUUAGAUAUUUGUAAACAAAAUGAAGGAACAUUUGAUCCUUCUGAAUUUUUAUGAUUUUUAAAUGUUCAUCUAUUUUUGACUCUACUUUUGGUGUAUAUUUAAUAAGCUGGACAAUAAAAAAAAUCUUCCGAAGUGAA